CGUGCCCCGCGCGCAGGCGCGGCCGGCGGCGGCGAUGGGCGGGCGGGUGACCCGCGUGUUCCGGAAUUUCAACGUGGAGAACCGGGCCAGCCGCGAGAUCAGCAAGGAGAAGCCCACGCCCGCGCCGCGGCACCGCAUCGCCCGGCUGGACGCCAUGGCCGAUAGUCCAGAGAUAAAAGAAGAAGUUCUCAGAAAGGACGAUAGGUUCCUCACCUUGCUCAAAGACGUUUAUGUCGAGUCCAGAGAUCCACCGGUGCGGGUAAAAGAUGGAGGUGGUGAACAUCUUCCAAGUAAACAGGAGGAAAAGAGACUUACAAAAUUAGGCCACUUGGAAGGUCUAGAUGUUAACAAAGUUCCCAAAGGCAAAAUUUCCCUUGUGGAGGCUCUGACACUUCUUAAUAAUCAUAAACUUCAACCUCAAAUAUGGACUGCAGAGAAAAUAGCAGCAGAAUACAGUCUGGAACUGAAGGAGGUCAACUCUCUUCUGGAAUUCUUCAUUCCUUUCACUGUGCAGGAAUUUCCUAAAGAAACCAAAAAAGCUAUAACAAGCCAUAAACCAAAAAAGUUAACAUAAAAAUAUUUGCCAGAACCUUUUGUGAUCUCACUCGUGUCUUCAUUUUACUGUCAAGUAUAUUCCAUAUCUGAAAAUUCAGUCAAUAACGUGUCAUCCAGCAGGGCUACUUCCUUAUGCCAGUGAGAUGUAUUCAAGCAAUUCCAUUCGGCAUUGGAUGGCUUCAGUGAAAUGCAGCAACUACAGUUUGUAAACCAGAGUAUGACUAAUUCAUGGUAUGACAGCAUGUCACACAGUUCUGACUACCCCAUUCAAAUGUUGUGAACUCAGUUAAAGCAUUUUACUUUAAGAGAUUGCCUUUCUCAGCAGAGACUUCUGGCCUGCAGCUAAAGAGGUGCUUUGUGGGCGUUGGCUCUGUAAUUUCAUGUUGCACUGCUCUUUCAAGGAAUUGCUGUCAAGGUGUGUGUACAUAACAAACAGCUGUAUUUCUUUUGUAUAAGAAUGGAAUGGUAUUUAUACUUUGUAAAGAAGGUUAACCACAAGGGCAUUUGGAAAAUUCAGCUGUGUCAAACAUAAAAUAAAAAGAAGGUGAACAGCAAGAA